UUGUGAGACUCUUGUGUGCUGCAUCUAUGAAAUUCAAAAGCUACUGAAUUAAAUUGAUUCAAAUUUGUAGUUUUUAAAAUAGGAUGAGUUGUUAGUCAUUUUAUUCUGUAACAGCGCGGUAUAUUUUGAAGCUUGAUAUUUUCAUCUAUUCGUAUAUAUACUUUUAUUUUUGUGUAUAUAUUUUUAUGUACUGUUAGAAAGAAUUUCUAUUCAUCCGACUUAUUUCAUUGAACGUUAGCUCAUUCAAAGCUACAGUGAUUGUUGGCUUUGCCGCGAUUGUUGGCCAGUAGAACCAUCUGUGGACAAAUCUAGAACUAAUUUCGAUUUCAAAGACAACUAACCUGAAAAAAUUGCUCAGUCAACGACCGAGAAUUGCGAAAGAGGUUCAGUGAGCUCAAAUACAUUGCAAAUGAUUCUUGACACAAUUGUCUUGACAUUGAUUCCGUGUUCAGUUUUCAACUUCCUGGAAAUUUAAUUCUCAUUCGUCGUAUCGUUGAUGAUUUGGGACAAUCCAAGAUUUUGAUUUCUGACUGGGACCCUGCAAGUUAUGACUGACAGCUAACCUAAAAGUCAAAUCUCUCGGUAAUCGGUCGAUACACGUCGUAGUACUUAGUUUUUAGAUUUAAAUAUGGAUAAUAGUUGUCCAAAUAGACUGCAAUCGAACGAGGAAAUAAUAGAAGAGUUAACACGAGACCUGGCUGAAUCUGCGAUAAAAAUCACGCCAGAAACAGAGAGAACCAAUGAAGAUCUUGAUUUUAAAGAGACGAGUGUUGAUGAUAAAACAACAAAAAGUUGCACCUCUGGUACCAACAAUGAUCCCUUUGCCGAUAUAGGCAAGGAUGAUCAGGAGUCAGAUGAUGCGACUAAAGUGAACGAACUUCCGGAUGAUUUUGUUGACGAAGAAGCAUUAAAGGACAGAGAAGUUGAGCUGACGGAUGAUCAAAGAGAGGAAUUGAAGAAAGAAGCACAGUAUCUGAAGAACGAGGGUAAUGAGCUCUUUAAAAAUGGAGAAUACCAAAAAGCUAUGGUAACUUAUACUAGAGGCUUACAAACCUGCCCUUUGGCCUUUGAUAAGGAUAGAGCAAUUUUGUAUGCCAAUAGAGCAGCCUCUAAAAUUAAAUACAUGGAUGAGAAAGAAUCUGCUAUAUCUGACUGCACCAAAGCUGUAGAGUUGAAUCCGAGUUACGUGAAGGCUUAUCUGCGUCGGGCUCUGUUGUACGAAGAGACAGAUAAACUGGACGAAGCUCUCGAAGACUUUAAAAAGAUUCUUACCUUUGAUCCAGCUCACAGCGAAGCCAACUAUGCAGUAAGAAGAUUGCCGCCACUCAUAGCUGAGAGGAACGAAAAACUGAAAACGGAAAUGAUGGGAAAGCUUAAAGACCUCGGAAAUUUGGUUCUUAGACCGUUUGGUCUUUCCACAGAUAAUUUCGAGCUGAAACAAGACCCAAACAGCGGAGGAUAUUCCGUGAACUUUACCCAAAAUCCAAGAUAAUAGUACAGAGAGCUGAAAAUAUAAGAGAUACAAAAACGCAUAUGGAUCUAUAUAAAUAUUUAUAAAUCAUCUACAUGUUUAAGUUACAUAAUAAUAAAUGCCGAUAUAACGAC